UCCAAAACAUAGUCAGUGAAAGGGAAGAAAGUCACAGCUCAGAGUUCUCAAGAUGAACAAGAUUGUCUUUCUCAUUCUUCAAUCUGUCCUUCAAUUGGCAAGCAACACUUCACUGAGGGUCAUCAAGCCAAAUGUUCUGGCUCUGGAGGUGACGGAUCUGUCCAGCUCUGAGGUUUUGCUGCAUUGUGGAGAGCAGGUCGAGCUGGAGGACAUUCACUGGGAGAGGAAUGGAGAAAGCAUUUCCGAGAGAGGAAACCACAUCAUUGUUACCAUAGAUGGGCUACGUGGAGGAAACUUCACGUGCCACAAACCAAACGGGGAGCUCCUGAAUUACAAGCUGCUGGUGGUCCAUCCAGUCCAGUUUCCCAGAGGUGGAAUUCUAACACAGUCAGAUGACAGAGAAUUUGUAACUUGUACUGCAAAGAACUACAGCGGACAUUUUCAUUGCUCUUGGAGAUGGCAUCGGGAACGCUCCCAAAGAGCCAUUGUAUAUUUUUCUGCAAUCCGAAACUCCAGUGUACUGAACUGCACUGUGGAUGCUGAUAUCUCUGGGGUGACUUGUAUUGACAUGCAUUACUGUCCAUACUCGGAGGAGUCCAGGAGCAUCAAUCUCACCCUUCUGGUCAGAAAUCUGUACAGAUUAGAGGAGCAUCAUAGGAGUUUUCUCAUCAGAGACAUUGUUAAACCAGAUAAAGUGACUUUCAGCAAGAUUAAAGAUGAUGUGUUGGAGUGGCAUCCCCCCGAGACAUGGAGUUUCCCCUGCAGUUUCUUCCCUCUCUCCUAUGAGGUGAAAGUGAUUCCUAACAACCACAACUGUAACUUCACUGGAAACCGUGUUGAGCAACAUGAAACCAAUGAGACAUAUUACAUGGCGAACACGAGGAAGGCAUAUACAUUUUGCGUCCGGGCUCAGGAUCCGCUUACUAAAAGAGCCUGGAGUGACUGGAGUCAUCACCAUCAGAAAAAACACAGGCACAGCUCAGAUCAAUAGAGUUUGUUCAGGGGAACACACGUCUGCUUGAUACCGCUUGCAUUUGCUUUCAAUUUCAAACAGUUAUAUUAUUUAUAUUUUGUAAUAUUAUUAUUAUUUUCCACUAUUACAUUUGUGCAAUCAUUUUCUGGAUCAAUAAAAAUAUUUAGUUUGGCUUUGGUCUUGAAAGUUUUUUUUGUGUCAUACAGUUUUUUAAUGUGUAAUGUGUUUUUAAUGUUUGUCGAAUGCUUUUUGGGUCACUUUAGAAAACUGUAAUCGAUCGGCUAAUAUAGAGUAUAUAUAUAUAUAUAUAUUAAAUGAAAUGUAUAAAAAUAUAUAAAAUACAAUAUAAAAGCUAAAAUGUGUGAUUUCACAACUUUAGCCAGCGUCUUUUCUGUUUCAGCAUGUUGCAUCUACUGCACAUAGGCUUCGUACAAAAAUGUUAUUAACAACCAUAAUAAAUAUAUCAUUAUUAAGUCCUUGAUAUUAUUUGUGAUUUAUGCUGUGGUGGUGUAAGCAUAAUCCCUUCAUAAAUGUCUAACAUAAAGAUACAAAUAAAAAUUUUUUUUUUUAGUAAUCCAGACAACUGAUAAGUGAUGUUUAUACAA